AUGGUCAACCUACCAUUGGGCUAUACCAACAUCCACAAGUAUGCCCAGGAUGUCAUAGCAUUUAUGCACGAGCCGCUCUCGGUCCAGAUCACAGGAGGGAUCCAUGUGAAUGAUGCUUUCAUCUACGAUGCUUGGAAGAAACUACCUAGCGAAUGGACGACAUGGUGGGAAUCGUUACCCAGCCCUCAAGAUGCACAAAAAGAUCUCAUCAACAGUCUUCGCAUAGAGCCAGAAGCUAGACGUCAUGAUCUACAUGGUCGGCCAGACAGCAUAUCACGAUGGCUAGAACGUAUACGCAACCUGAGUCUCAAUCGUGAGCAGUUGGUCUUGUCUGAAGACAUUCCACAUGUUGAAGUGCCGGAUAUUCUAGCCAGUCGUAUGGUCACGAAGAAGUUGGCAGAAGUACGUGCGGGCGCCAGAUACAUCAAUCACAUCUGUAAAACACGCAAUAUCACUCGCGUCGUUGACAUCGGUAGUGGUCAAGGCUAUCUUUCCUUGACAUUAGCAGCAGUCUGUGGCUUGAGAGUUCUCGCCAUUGAUGGCAGUGAGAAGCAGAUCCAAGGUUCAAGGACAGCAGCUCAGCAAGCUGGACUCGUUGAAAACGACAAUGUUACUCAUCUCACUCGAUUUGUUACGGGCACAGACGGACUAGGAAAAGAAAUAGCGCUGUGGGCUCGAGGCGAGAGGUGCCUGCUCACUGGGCUCCACGCCUGCGGCUCGCUCUCUGAACAUAUGAUCCGUCUCUCUACCACGGUUUCAUGCAUAACCCACCUCGCAGUUGUUGGAUGCUGCUAUAAUCACAUCAAUCCUGCUUCAACCGAAAACCCUAAAGGCUUCCCAAUCUCCUCCUUCAUGCGCACAAACGAACUUAACCUCUCCACUUCGGCUUUGAUCACAGGAUGUCAAGCUCCUACAAACUGGAUCCACAACCCGGACUCUAUUUUCGCACGAAAGCAUUGGUACCGUGCGGUCCUAGAAAAAUUGCUUCACGACAAGAAGCUAGUUCAAGAGGGCAACCAACGACCAGUUUGGGGAAUUAGAAAUGGCGACUUGAAGAGCUUCACUGCAUAUACUUCACGUGCUUUGUCGUCUUUGAAGCUGAAGAUUGGUAAAGAUGUCACCGAGCAAGAGAUUGCAGAGUAUGAAGAGAGGUACAAGCACAGAGUGGCAGAGACGGCAGUCUUGUGGACUUUGUCAGUGUUGUUGUGUAGAGUUGUCGAAUCAGUCAUUGCUUUGGAUAGACUGUUCUACUUACAAGAAGCUGGCAUGGAGGAAGUAGAUGUGUUGCCGAUUUUUGAUUACAAGGAGAGUCCGAGGAACCUGAUGAUCGUGGCUUCUAAGAAGGAGUCAAAUGGUACAGGAAGGUAA